UAUGAGUGAAAAGCGAGAAUGGACGAACGAAGCUUGGAAAAAUGACAAUAACGUAGGAAAAAUGGAACCCAACGACACCAAUUUCUCUGAAUACGACAAUUCGAGGAAAAGCUCGCUUCAAUUGGAUUUGCCAAAUUACUCAGAAGUUUGUUAUAACAGUGGAGAGGACUUGGAAAAGGGUUUGUUUACACGCUUCCCUCCUUCCUACAAUCAACUUCAAAUGAGUAGCAGAGUCGAAUCCGAUAGUAAUCAAAAUCAUGCGAAUGAAGUGCGUGAACGCAUGGCAGAACCCGUGCCAGACAGAUCAUGGGGAAGCUGUAUCCUCGAUUGCAUCUGCAUGCCGGACUUGGAAAAGGGUUUGUUUACACGCUUCCCUCCUUCCUACAAUCAACUUCAAAUGAGUAGCAGAGUCGAAUCCGAUAGUAAUCAAAAUCAUGCGAAUGAAGUGCGUGAACGCAUGGCAGAACCCGUGCCAGACAGAUCAUGGGGAAGCUGUAUCCUCGAUUGCAUCUGCAUGCCGGUACGUCCCCGAUUAGCACCAGCGGGCACAUUGAAAGAAGCAGGAUAUUUUCGAUGUUUUAUGUGUUAUCUUUAUACGUCUGCUUUUAUUUUCUAUUUACUUUUCAAAUAUUCUGAUAAAUUGUCAGAGUUUAUAAAGGAUUCAUCUUUGUCUAAGGAAAUUGCUUUACCUUUGCUUGGUGGAUUGAUUUUAGUUUUAUUUUUUAUUUCCGCUGUAAUAAUUUCUCUUGUAUUGGACAUCAUCGUUUGGUGUAUAUCUAUGAUUCCAGAUUUGGCUGCGUUUAUAGGGCAUCUUCUUGAGCGUGUCUUGGGAAGAAUAUUUCCAAACUUCUGGAGAAAAUUUAUACUGCCUUUGACAAUCAUUUUCGGUUAUAGAACUGAUCAAAGCUUCGGGAUUGAUCUAGACUCAACAAAUACCGUUGAACUUGACGAGCUAGAAGCUAGUGUUGAGACUCCAACAACUGCACCUAACAAUGUUGAAGUGCCAAGUUGUCCUCUUGGGAAAAGCCCUACCAAAGCAAAUCAUUCAAAAAAUUCUGUUGGGCAUUCUGCAAGAGAGCAAGAAAUAGAGAUGAAAACUUUUGGAGACACAGGCUCUCCGAGUUUGAACGAUCAUACAAAGUAAUGUUUUUAUGCUAUACCCAUUUUAUAGAAUGGUUGUUAUUGUCAGCGUGUCAGUGUCCAGUUGAGAUUGAGAUUGAGAUGUUUUACGAGCAGAUUAUUUUUGUAUUUUAUUCAAAGACAUGCGUUUUUUUUCGUAGAAAUUUGGGAUUGUAAACAAACAAUGCUGUUUGCACAGUUCCCUUUGGAAAUGUGCAACAUAACUUUUUCUUAAAAAGAAUAUUUAUGAAUGAUUUGAUUUUAGGUUGGCAACUGUGAAAGCUAUCCCAAGUAACCCAAGUAAGCAUUUUUGGGUUUAAUAUGGUAUUCAGUUUCGACAAUCGUCAAACAAGUUACAGUAUAAUAAGUUGCUUGCUAUUUGGUUUCUAUUAUGAGGAAAAAAAAAUUUCUUUCCCUUGGUUUUUUCUCAUUCAAGAAGCAGCAAAAGGAUGAAUGACCUCAUGUUAUAAGUAUUACAGGAUAAAGAAGAAAUUAUGCAUAAUGGAUGAAUUUAUCUCGCGAAAUGAUUUAAUUGUUUUAGAGGCAAAUCCUCCUUUUUGUCAGUACUUACUUGCCUUUCGCCAAGACCCUUUCUUAUAAAUAACAUUCUCAAGCUGUCAGGUUCUCAAUUAGCCAAUGAAAUGGCAUACGUUAUCAUUUUGCUCUAUGCAUCACUAGGAAUAGAUCCUCAAUAUCCUUUUAUUAUUGGCAAUGUUGAGUAUGCUAGCUUUCAAUUCAACCUUCAUUUGAACAGGUAAAUGCAGACGAAUGACACCCAAAGUUCAACUCCAUGCUUUCAAAGUUAGUGAGGAGGAAUUGCAGUCACUUACUUUCCGUCGAAGAUUGGGAAUUGGCUCUUGGUAAUAGCGAAGCGUUGAUAGCGAUAUCUCAAGUUAAGUUAACGACGAGUGCGGCCAGAUUCAUUUUCCCAAUAUAUUUAGCUCGUGAAGAAGAUAUGUGGAAAGGCAUUCCCUUUUAACGAUGGUACUGCCCGAAGCUUCAUCUACCCAUAUAACUUUACUCAUACAAGCUAUUAUACUGAGUUUGAAGAAAAGAUCGAAGGAAUUUUUUGCUUUGCAUUGUGACGGAUAUUGAAGUACGGAUUACCUAUUGAGGCAUUUUCUUAAACUUAAUUUAAAUCGGAAUUGGAGGGGUACGACGGUUCUGCUUCGAAAGAUCCUCUUAUUACGUUUCUUUAAUAUUUACCUUUUAGUUUUCUAUUGUUUGAUAAUUACUGGAUAUAUGUGGUGAUUUCACAACGGUCGAUGCUUUUCCCAGUGCAAUAUGGUCUUUUGUACUCAAUAUUAGCUCGGCUUUUGGGCAACCUUUUUCUUUUAGUGAACAAAUUCUGGUAAUUUCAGCUAUUCAAAAUUUGUUGUUCCAUGACGUCUUCAACCUCUCAAGCGAUUGAUCGAUAUAUUCGUUGAAAUGUUUGAUACUAUUUUUCAUUGCUCUUAAUUUUGGAGUUAUGGCGUCCAAUUUAAAUUCAUUUUGAAGGACGCAUUUUUUUUUUACUCUAUGUAGGUUUGGUGUUGCCAUAAAGUAUACUUUUUAGUAAAUCUUUUGAGUUUGAUUGAUAAGGAUUCGAACGAUUUUAAUUAUAUUUUCCUAUUCAUUUAUCCCAGGAACCUAUAUCUACAUCAUGCACAAAAUCUAAGCAAUUCGAACGUAUGAUAAAACAAUUUCUUUUUUAUUGUACUGCUUUGAUCGCGCCCUGUUCUAUUGACAUAUUACAACGCCAACACAUAUUGGUUCUUUUUCAUAGCUCCAGCAUUGAGGACUUUGUACUAUGGACAUUCCGUUAGGGAACAGAAGAUUUGGUUGGCGUAUUACCGGAUAUAAAUUUCAAAGUCUUAAUAAGUUAAUUACAAUUUACAAGGCUGGCUGUAUCAGCUCAACUAACAAAAUCUUCUUAAUUGAAGAGUUAGUCUCAAAACAAUCAAAAUUAAUUUAUCUGUUCUAUUUCACUCAGUGAAGGCUCACUAAUCUGACAUAGAAGCUUAAUGAAACAUGUUCACUGGAAA